CCCUGUAUGACUUGGAAAUAGGCCACACUACAGUGGGGCUUGUUUAUGAAUAGAGAUGUCUAGGAUUGAGCUGUUGAUUUUGGACAAUGGACCAGAAUACAACACAGGAAUGACAGUUCAUCCAUAGUAAUUACAGUAGAGUCUCACUUAUCCAACACUCACUUAUCCAACGUUCUGGAUUAUCCAACGCAUUUUUGUAGUCAAUGUUUUCAAUAUAUCGUGAUAUUUUGGUGCUAAAUUCAUAAAUACAGUAAUUACUACAUAGCAUUACUGCAUAUUGAACUACUUUUUCUGCCAAAUUUGUUGUCUAACAUGAUGUUUUGAUGCUUAAUUUGUAAAAUCAUAACCUAAUUUGAUGUUUAAUAGGUUUUUCCUUAAUGCCUCCUUAUUAUCCAACAUAUUCGCUUAUCCAACAUUCUGCCGGCCCAUUUAUGUUGGAUAAGUGAGACUCUACUGUAUAUAUAUUUAUUACACAAUCUAUUUUGCCCUUUGCAACAGUUCACGGUGGGCAUCAAUAUAUAAGAUGUGUAAGAUUGAAUUUACAGUGUGGUAUCAAUGGGAGCUGGUGUGAUGUAGAGUGGUAACUAUAAGAGGGCAAUUAAAUUCUGAGUUUAAAUUUUUACCUUGACCACAGAUUUACUUGAAUAGCUUCGUAUAAGUCAAUGUCUCAUAAAUGCCUUUCUUAGGUCUUGCUGCUUGGUUUUGGUGCAUGGGUGACACAGUCAAACCCCUUUGAUUGGUCCAUAAAGGCAUGAUGGAACAAAGGAGAAAAGAAAGUAUCACUAGCUGAAGUCAGUGGUCAAAAUUAGCACCAGUAGUAUUGUGCAAGAAAUAAUGGCAUUUCGGUAUCGAUGCUACAGCACUAGUAUCAUGUGCUUGAUUAGCUCAUCUGACAAGAAGGGCUGCUGUGUCUGCAACCACUGAAGUUUGGGACAACUAUCAAGAGAAGUCCUGUGUAAACUAUAAGCCUAGCUGCAAGGUUAUGAAGAGUUCAACAGAAAAAUCCUAAACACUACCUUUGACUGGAAAUAAACACCUUGGUGAAUUCAUCGUAUCUAAAGCUCAGAGUUGCUGAACAUUAUUUCAAGAAGAUAUUUUGCAGAAAUAAGGAUAAUUUUGAGAAGUUGUUUAUAAGCCCUUGCUAUUUUCUCAUCGAAAUUGUGAAUAUCAGACUACUACGUUGCCAGGGAAGAUACUCUUUUCUAAUAGGAAAACAAAUUACCAGACAAUGAAAAUUACUUUCUUUCUCAUUCAGAGAGCUUUCAAAAAAAGUGUGGAAGAGAUAUUUAUAGCAAGGCUAUAGUGUCUUUGCUCCAGAAGAACACAAAAGAAAAAGAAACACAAACAGUACAAUGGAAGAAGAUUCCUGUGAUUUGGAGUACUCAAGUGAAGAAUCUGAUGUGCUUUCUCAUGACAGUGAACCUGAAGAAAAUGUUUCCAAAUCAAAAAAAGCUAAUCGUUCUUCACAAGAUAAUGCACAAUACCGGCGGGAUAGAUAUGGACACAUACACCUUCCAACCUCAACUAGGUCUUAUAAGGAGGAUCUAAGGGCAGGUUCUUACCGAAGAAGGAAUCCUCACACUCAUAGAACAAGAUGUUUUGUUCAUCAACAGGGAGAUCCGUACCAUUCUCAGGGUGACAGUAGUGUAAGUGUGGAUGAAGUUCUUAACCUGCUGCCCACCUACAAAAGAAAGACACGCCAGCAGUGUCAACAGGAAAAGGAGGCAGCUAUCACAAUCCAGUCUGCCUGGAGAGGUCAUCAAGUUAGGAGGCACAUUGACACAAUGAAUGAAGCGGCUACCAAAAUUCAGGCAGCUUUCCGAGGCCACGUGACACGGAAAGAACUGCCCUUGGAACUGAGUGGAUAUGCCAGGACUGACAGACCAAAAAUACAGAGGAAAGCAAGAACUGAUAAUCAAAGCAAGUGUUGUCCAGAGCUCCUAAAUUGCCUUCAGAAAUUUGGUUUGGUAUCUGGACCACACACGCAGAGGCAGAACAUCGUCCUCCCAAAAGCCAGACCAAGUAGAUGUCCCAAAUACAUCAUAGAAGACUAUCCUGUUUUGAAUCCCAAUGUAUCCUUCUUUGAAAUCAAAUCACCUCUCAGACCUAACAGGGAAGUAUUCACAUACAAGUCUUUAAAUGUCUUUGCCCAGACACAAAGAUACCAGGCCGCUGCCACUACAAUCCAAGCGGCAUGGAGAGGGUACCAAAUUAGACAGAAAAUCCCCAUUAACCUCACCAUCAGGAAAACCUCUUGGAAACAUACAUUGUCAGGACAUACUCUUGAGGCACAUGAAAUCCAUCAGAUCUUUACAAGACCCGUGCUGAGAAAGGCACCACGCAUCCGAAAUAUUAACAUUCGUACAGUGGUGAAGAACGCACCAGCUUCCUCCCAAAAGCCAAACAUAUCCAUCCAAGUUUUGAGCCCCAGAGGUGUGAUCCAGGGAUUUCAGAGAGACAUGAGCAGAGGUGCUCAGGCACUCUACACAGUUGCAAGUAAAAAUGCUACAAUACCAUCUCAGAUCUUCAUUCAUGUCACUUUGCAGAAGGGAAGUCCUCCCAAAAACUAAAAAGAAGAAGUACAAAUCCAGAAGAUGUCAUGCAGGAAAGGAUGUCUAGUAAAGACCAUUCUAAGAAACUGAACAUAAAUGGAACUGUGAUUGGAAUGGCAAAGGCAUUCACUCUCUGUCCACAAUUAUGAUAGUGGCUAUUUGGUUUGCAGAAGCGUGUAGCUCACUAAGGGCCUCAGGUUGUUGUAAGGCUGUUUGAUCUCACAGAUGCAGUUCCAGAUGUUUGAAAAACUACCUUUCAACUGUAGCUCCCGAAAUCUUGGUGAUGGGAUUCUCUGAAUUAUUUUCCCAAGGCUUGUGCCAUAUUCCCUCGACCUCCUUUGAAAAUGGAGAGAAUACAAAAAUAAAUAAACA